UCUAAUUGGGCACAAUUAAUGAUCGGAGAAUUCAAGUGACAAACGGCCAAGCAAUUUCCCAUUACACUUCUUUCUCUCUCCUUCCUUCAUCGCCACCGCCCACCAGCAGACUGCACAACCGCAAAACAUCGCCGGAAUAAACCCACCAGCCUGAAGAUUCCCGCCGGUAAUAGACUGACCGCGCAUUAGAUAAUUGGUACGUACUAGUGCGCUAUUAGAGUUAUGGGAGUGAUUGAAGAUGGGACGGCAAAAGGGUGUUUGCCAAGCGAGGAAUUGUUUGCAGUCCAUUACCCUGCUUAUCCUUCAUCCAUGUCGCGAGCCGUCGAAACCCUUGGUGGAAUUGAUGCAAUUGCUAAGGCUCGAAGCUCCAAGUUAAACAAACUGGAGCUUCGCUUCCGGCCUGAAGACCCAUGUUCACAUCCCGCUUUUGGCCAGAUUCAUUCUUGUAAUAAUUUUCUGUUGAAAAUAUCCAAGGGUAAUCAAAAUAAUAAUUGCUCCAGCAGCCAAUCCAAGGAUUGUAGUUCCGGAAAAUAUGAAAACCUUAAUGUACUCUCUGCUGAAAUUGUUGCUCGAGUCCCGGAAGCUUAUACGUUUACUGGGAUGGUGGAUUAUCAGCAUGUCCUUCCAGUUCAUGUUGAUGUUGCGCGGAGGAAAGGAAGGUGUGAUGAAGUACAGGGACCAUUUGGAAAGGGAGAUCUUGGUGAUGCAGAAGAUGAAAAUCUGAUGAUGUUGGUACCUUCACUGUUUUCACUGAAAGAUGUUCCUGAGAAUAUUGUGUUGAGGCCAUCAAUCACAUUGAUUUCCAAAAAGAAACAGGAGGGAGUUGUACAGCAUCGGUGGGAGAUGGAGAUUGAACCAUGUCUAGCUAUUGAUUUCAAUAUCAAAGAGAUUCCUAAAAGGGUUAAAUGGGAGGAAUACAUAUCACGUGGAUCAGAUCAAUGGAAAUGGCAAAUGAUUGUGUCUAACUUGUUUGACGAACGACCCAUUUGGCCAAGAAGUUCUAUCCAUGAACGCUUGUGUAAAGAGGGUCUGAAGUUUGGAGACCAUAUGCUUAAGAGGCUUCUUUUUCGGAGUGCAUACUACUUUGGAAGUGGACCUUUCCAUAGGUUCUGGAUUAGAAAAGGUUAUGAUCCUCGCAAAGAUCCCGAGUCUCGCAUAUAUCAAAGAAUUGAUUUCAGGGUUCCCCCAUCUUUGAGAGGGUAUUGUGAUGCGGCUAGUGGAAAGAAGCAUAAUUGGGAGGAUUUAUGCACAUUUCGGGUUUUUCCUUACAAAUGCCAGACAUAUUUUCAACUUUCUGAACUUGCCGAUGAUUAUGUUCAAAACGAGAUACAAAAACCUCCGAACAACACUAUUUGCACUUGUUCAACGGGGUGGUUCACAUCAUAUGCUCUCGAUAGAUUAAGAUUACGUGUUGCAGUGAGGUUUUUAUCAGUGUAUCCUCAAGAUGGUGCUGAAUCUUCGCUAAAAAUUGUUUCUGAAAGAUUCGAGAAGUCAAAAAAGAUGCGUUACCAAGUAAACACUCUCAAGCCUGGGGAAGAGGGUGAACUGCAAGUUAAUCGAGAGCUGACUGGCGAUGAAGAUAAAGCAGAUGAUGAUGACGACGACGAUGAUGAAGAAAAUGAGAUUGAGGAUGAAGACGGUGAAGAGGAAUUGGACAUAAAUGACACUGUUUACCUGGAUGGAGAGGAUGCUGAUUUCACCCUGCAGUCUGAUUCCUAUUUAGGUACAGAGAACAUUUCUAGAAACUAUCUGCAAGAACUAUUUGAAAGCUUUCCAUCUACAGGAGCUUCUACUCAGCAGUUGGAUGGUGCAGAUGUUGGGGAAUAUCAGAUUUAUGAACAAGACAGUGAUGGCAACUACUCGGAUGAUAUCUAAGUGAGAAAAAUGAGAAUUUAAGCCUAAAAGGUGUUGUUCGUCUGCUUCCUGAUUCCUAAAUGACAGCUCCAUAAAUGCAAAUUUGAUUCUGUUUGCAUUUGACGACUUAUGUUGACUGUAUAAACUCCAGUCCCUCCCUCAACUUUGGCAAGAAAUAUGGGUUUAAGAAGGGCCUUGGCGUUUUCUGUCAAAAACAGAAGUAUUCCUUGUGUACUUUACAAAUGUCCAGGUUACAGGUGGUUUUUAUUCACCUGCUAAUCUGUUAGGGCUGUCAAACCUUAUGAUAAACUUUUUAUUGGUGGUAAAUAUGCAGUCUUUUAGGGUUGCAUAUGCGUCGAUCGAUGUUAUUAAUGUUUGAUUUAUGUAUUUUUUUAGUAUUAAAUUUUUUAACUUUACAUUGAUCUCCAA